ACCAGCUAGCGCCAUUAUCAAACACGCAUUGACAAGAACGCAAUCAACUUCCGCCUAGGCCUGUGGACUAUUUGUUGAGCCACUAUUUGCUAAAGUAUAACCCACGGCCUGCGUCUGAAUCUCGGUCGCAGCAUCAACUGUCAGCUUUACUCUCACCUGGAUCCACCUAUUCAAUCCCACAGGCACAUUACCAAUUGGCUGCAAUGCCGUUCUUCUUGAAGCUCAAGAAGGCAAAGGAAGCCGCCGCAGAACACAAGAAGGAGGCAGCUACUCAAGAGGAAAAGAAGCCCAAAGUCCCGUACAAGCAUAUACCCGUCCACGCCGGAAUCGACGCAUUGGCUGCCACCCCAUCUUCCAUGGGGUCCAGCGAACUGAGGGAGAAGAUUGCAGCCGCACGAAGGAGCAGGUCAGUAUCUUCUGCCAGUGCACCCGCUUAUAGGUCGGGCGCUUCCUUUUAUCGACCACUUCAGCCAUCCUUCGGGCAUCCCUGCUGUUCCCCAGCUUCCGGCUCAGCAUCGACUAAAGACUGUCAGCAGCCGCUCCUCCGUCGCAAAGAGGAGGAGUCCGCUGUCAGCCAUGUCCAUUACUGAAGAUGGUAUGUACAGCUACCUUGAAGCACACGACUUG